CCGCUCGUCCGGCAACUCUGUCAAAAUGUCGCCAGAAUUGUGAAAAAAAAAUGCAAGUGAAUUAACCGAUUUGUUGUUAAAUUGUUAGCAAAGAAGUGAAAAUAAACAGUUAAAUUGCCUGCUACAAGUGAAUAGUGUUGCUCGGAUAUGCGCUGUGAAAGAAAAGCCCAACUUCCAAAUACGGGCCCUCAAGUGUCGUGUGAUGAAGCCGAAAAAAAGUAGCGACGCCUUCUCAAAUUCCAAGCUGUUAUUGUGAACAAAUGUUAAAAUAAGAGAAAUUGCAAUGCGAAAGCAAUGUCGCCUAAUGUUAAUAAAGUUAAGAAACUAAUGCGGAGCAGGCAUAUAUUAUUUGGCGGAUCAUCUUGGGCAGACGAGCUGUCAGAACGUUCUAAUCAAUAGCCGUCCACCCUUUUCCAACUUCUGUCUUGCAGAACUGGAGGAUGCCUUCAAGGUUCAGCUUCCGCUCCUGGUGGCCAGAAAAAAGAAGCCUGGCAACUUCCGCAAGCAGAACUUUGACCACCUGGAGGUGAGCUUCACGAGGAGCAAUCGGGGCAACAACCUUCUGACCAUCGACGGCAAACCCUUCACCCUCAACCGCCGGAUCAAGGAUGUCUGCUACUGGGAAUGCGUCAAGUUGCGCUGCAAGUACAUUAAGUGCUCUGCACGCGUGGUGACCAAAUCCAAUCGGAUCUCAGCCCUGCGCGGGCUCCACAAUCAUCCAUAAGUUACCGAAUUACCUGUGCCAUCUCAUUAGUCGAAUAAAAAUGUUUUUUGUUAAGCAAAUAGUCAAUUUCCGCCUCCCCUGCCGUUGUAGUUUCUCUAGAGUCCUCAAGCGAAUAACAGGUCUUCUGAUUAAUCUCUCUCAAUUCUUGCAGCCUGCUUCCAGUUGGUGGCUAACCGCCGCGGCGGUAAGAACCUGAUCUUCCAGGGGCACAUGUACUCCGUGGAGCGCAAGUAUCGGAACAGCAUCAAUUGGGUCUGCUCCAAGAACAGCAACAAUGCGCUACGCUGCCCGGCGAGAUGUGUGACCAGCUCGGACAGUAGCACCGCCAUCAAGUUAAGCCACCGGCACCACAACCAUCCGGCGGGUUCCUUCAAGCUGCACAAGCGCAGUCGAAAGUGUUCCAGCAGGCGGAGCAGCAGCUAGUUCUCGGCAUCGUAAUGUUUACAAGAAGAACG